GGAUCGCGGAGCCCCUCGGCGGCAGAGGCCCGAGGUGUGAGGAUGGCCAGCCCUAAAGCCACAGGACUCUCCUGGGAGGUCACCUGGCUUGUCAUUGCUGUCAGCGCUCAUCUACAGACAAGAGCAGAGCAGUCCCAAGGUGCCUACUUCUUGCCUGAGUUUGCACUUUCUCCGCAGGGGAGUUUUCUUGAGGAUACAACCGGGGAACAAUUCCUCACGUACCGCUACGAUGACCAGAGCUCCAGAAUUGCCCGCUCUGAUGAAGAUAAGGAUGGUUCCUGGGAUGCCUGGGGCGCCUGGAGUGAUUGCUCACGGACCUGUGGCGGGGGAGCCUCCUAUUCCCUGCGGAGAUGCUUGAAUGGCAGGAACUGUGAAGGUCGGAAUAUUCGAUACAAAACCUGCAGUAGUAACGACUGCCCUUCAGAUGUCGGUGACUUUAGGGCACAGCAGUGUUCUGCCUACAAUGAUGUCAAAUACCAGGGACAUUUUUAUGAGUGGAUCCCUGUAUAUAAUGAUCCGACUGCACCAUGUGCUCUUAAGUGUCAAGCUCUGGGGAAGAACUUGAUUGUGGAGCUUGCCCCAAAAGUGCUGGAUGGUACUCGAUGUAAUAUUGAAUCCCUGGAUAUGUGCAUCAGUGGAAUAUGCCAGGCAGUAGGCUGUGAUCGACAACUUGGGAGCAAUGCCAAGGAAGACAACUGUGGAAUCUGUGCAGGAGAUGGUUCAACAUGCAGGCUUGUGAGGGGACAAGCUAAGGCACAUUUCUCACCAGAAAAAAGGGAAGAGACUGUGAUCGCUGUUCCGCAUGGGAGUCGCAGUGUGAGAAUUACGCUGAAAGGACCWGCACACCUUGUUAUAGAAUCAAAGACAUUACAAGGAGACAAGGGAGAGCACAGUUUCAAUGCUCCUGGAACAUUUCUCAUAGAGAAUACAACUGUUGAUUUUCAGAAGAGUCCAGACAGGGAAAUCAUAAAGAUCCAGGGACCUCUUGGAGCAGAUUUCAUUAUCAAGACCAGGUACUCUGGCACAAAGGACAGUGUGGUUCAGUUCUUCUUCUAUCAACCCAUCAGUCAUCAGUGGAGACAGACCGAGUUCUUCCCCUGCACCGUGACGUGUGGAGGGGGUUAUCAGCUUAAUUCUGCUGAAUGUGUGGAUAUUCGACUGAAGCGAGUUGUUCCUGAUCACUACUGUCAUUACUACCCAGAAAACAAGAAGCCAAAGCCCAAGCUAAAAGAAUGCAAUAUGGAUCCCUGCCCUUCUAGUGAUGGAUUUAAAGAAAUCAUGCCCUAUGAUCACUUCCAGCCACUUCCUCGAUGGGAACAUAACCCUUGGACUGCAUGUUCAGUUUCCUGUGGAGGUGGUAUUCAGAGGAGGAGCUUUGUGUGUGUAGAGGAGACCAUACAUGGCGAGAUACUGCAAGUGGAAGAAUGGAAAUGCAUGUAUGCCCCUAAGCCUAAAGUCAUCCAAACCUGUAACCUCUUUGACUGUCCUAAAUGGGUGGCUAUGGAAUGGUCUCAAUGCACGGUGACCUGUGGCCGAGGUUUACGUUACCGUGUGGUGCUGUGUAUUGACCACCGAGGGCAGCACGUCGGUGGCUGCAACCCACAACUGAAACUGCACAUAAAAGAAGAGUGCAUUGUGCCAGUACCAUGUUACAAGCCAAGAGAAAAAAGUCCUGUGGAAGCAAAAUUGCCAUGGUUUAAACAGGCACAAGAGAUGGAAGAGACCAGAACAGUCUCUGAAGAGCCCACGUUUAUUCCUGAGCCCUGGUCUCCGUGCAGUGCCACGUGUGGCGAUGGCAUCCAGGUGCGGGAUGUGAAGUGCCGAAUUCUUCUCGCUUUUACUCAGACGGAGGUGGAGCUGCCGGAGGAGGAAUGUGAAGAUGUGAAGCCACCAACAGAACGAGGGUGUCACCAGGCUCCUUGUGACAGUGAUCCUAUCCCCUACACGGCAGAGACUUCCCAUGCUGAAGAUGGCAGUUUGAUUUAUGACUGGGAAUACAUUGGCUUUACUCCAUGCUCAGCUACAUGUCUUGGAGGAACACAAGAAGCCAUUGCCAUGUGCCUACACRUGGAGACCAAACAAGCUGUCAACGAGACCCUGUGCGACGGUUCCAAGAGGCCGCCGCCGAUGGCUCGUGCUUGCAACGAGAGCCCCUGCCCUCCGAGGUGGCAGAGCGGYCCGUGGAGACGGUGCUCGGCUACGUGCGGCGUCGGGAUUCAGACCCGAGACGUGGCCUGCCGGCAGCCCGGAGGAUCUGCUCUUGCUGCUGAAGACUGCAAAGACAAGAAGCCCCACUCGUUACAGGCCUGCAACCAGAUAGAUUGUCCCCCUGUCUGGCACGUUGAGGAAUGGCAGCAGUGUUCACGUACCUGUGGAAGAGGGAUUCAGAGCCGCAAGGUGUACUGUAAGCAGCUGUUGACAGAUGGAAGUUUUCUGAAACACCCUGAUGAGAUCUGCCAGGAACCUAAAUUGCCCGAUAGUAAACCAUGUGCAAAGGUUGAUUGUCCUCCUCAGCUAGUUGUGGGAGAAUGGUCCAAGUGCUCAGUAAGCUGCGGUGUUGGAAUCCAGCGCAGGAAAGCCGCCUGCCAAAACCUAACAGCAAAGGGCCAGUACRUCACACUGAAUGCCUCGCUGUGUAGCGCUCCGUCUCCCUCGCUGCUUGUAAGGUCUUGUCAGAUGAAGGCCUGCAACAAGAUUAAAACAAAGCUUCCAGAAAAAUAUUCUGCUCAUGGGCCUCAGAUUGUCAGCGUUCACCGAGUUUACAUUCAAACAAGACAAGAGAAGCGCAUUAAUUUCACCAUUGGAAGCCGAGCCUACCUGCUUCCAAAAACAUCCGUUGUAAUUAAGUGCCCAGUACGGAGGUUCCAAAAAUCACUUAUUCGGUGGGAGAAAGAUGGGCUACACUUGCAGAACUCUAAAAGACUUGGCAUCACCAAGUCGGGCUCCCUGAAAAUACAUAGCCUUGAAGCGACGGAUAUUGGUGUGUACCGGUGUAUCGCAGGCUCUGUGCACGACACGUUUGUCCUCAAACUUAUUGGUGCUGAUAACAGGUUAAUAGAACCACCAAGUCUUAGGAAAUACGCCAGUGAGAGCAGUAACAUGGACCACAACGAGGCCAACAGCUUUGGGGCCAAGUGGCAUAAAAUGAGCAAAAUGUGGCAAAUGUGGAGCAAGAAGAACGAGCUCUAUCUAGGUGACAGGCAAGUGAAUGACCAGCCAUUUCUGAGAAAUCUGGGCCCCUUUGGGAGCAAUUCAGCAGAAGACUUGGGCUCUCGGGAAUUCAAGAACAAACGCCUGGAAGCAGCAGUUCUUCAGGGUGCCUACAGCAUGGACACGGUGCACUUUGAAGAACUGAUAAGGAACAUGAGUCAGCUCAUUGAAACCGGAGAAGUCACUGAYGACUUGGCAUCCCAGCUCAUUUAUCAACUAGUUGCAGAACUAGCCAGGCCUCCACAGCCAACCGCUGGAAAAUGGAAGGGGGCCCAGGAUGAGAAAUUUGCCACAAAAGUCACAGGCAAAUCUCCAAAUGAAUCUGAACGUUUCAGCGCAAAAACUGUCGAUAAAUUGAUGUUUGACCAGAAGAUUCCAGUUAUUAUGAGGCAGAAGCAAAUUCCUGUAGUUUCCUUUAACAAAACAGUAACUGUACGAGUUGGAAAUACAGUAUUUGUGACCAAGAAUACUCGUACUGUUAAUCUGUUAUGUGAGACAGCRGGUACUAGUGAAGUAAAAUAUACUUGGACAAAAGAUGGCGAGACAUUAAAAUCCUCUGAGAAGGUAAUCCUGGACACAGUUGGAAAAGUGCAGAUUCAGAAUCCUACUCGAAGGGAACUUGGUGCAUAUGGAUGUCUGGUUGUUAAUGACUUCGGUUUUGACACGGCAACAUCUUUGCUGCUCCGGGCAGAGGUUCCUGUCAUUUUCUCUUCCUCGUUAAAUGUUACAAAUCUGGAAGCCAGCAAUCUUUCUGUAGUCGUUGGAGGUAUGGUCGUGGCAAGAAUUGGAGCAAAUAUUGUGGUUGAAUGUCCAGUGAAAGSUGUUCCUCAACCAAAUGUAACAUGGUCUAAGAAGAAGGAUGUCCAGCAAAUGAAUUCUGUCUUGCUUUUGAAUGGGUCAUCUUUAUUUCUGAGGAAUGUUUCGCAUGAAGAUGCAGGAACUUACACCUGCACAGCAGCGAAUGCGCUUGGGAAAGCAGAGGCUGCAUCUGUCCUCCACUUAGCUGAGCAAACAUUGACAGAGAAUAACACAUUAUCAUCAAAGGGAAGCAGAAGAAAGCGAGUCCUAAUGGCAUCUGCGAUCGGUACAAAUGUCAGUGUGGUACCUGGAGAUCCACUGAGAAUAGGUUGCCCAGUGCUUUCCAAGCAGAGAAGUGCAGUUCACUGGCUCUUCAGAGGCUUCCCAGUGGAGGAAGUGGCGGCCUUGGAAUUCCGAACYCUGGUUGGGGGCCGGAUCCUGGAGGUGAACACCAAGUCUGGUCAAUUCGCUGGACAAUACAGAUGUUGGACUUCAACUAGUGCAAAACCAAUGUCAGUUUGGGUAAAUGUCAAGAAGGAAGGUUAUAAGUGGGAGCACGCGGAGUGGAGCGCUUGCUCAGCUAGCUGUGGGAAUUCGGGAACCCGCUCCAGAAGACUGCAGUGCAUGAACGCAGAGAAACAGGAGGUAAAUGAAUCAUUAUGCCAAGACCAGCAAAAGCCAGGGGUUAUUUAUCAGUCCUGCAACACACGUGACUGCCCUGCCAGGUGGGUCACCAGCCCGUGGUCCGGGUGUUCGGCAUCCUGUGGCAGUGGGUUUCACUCUCGACAAAUAAGCUGCCAGCAAACACAAGCCAACGGCAGCGUACUGGCGCUCCGGCCAGGGGCCUGCAUCCCCAGGGAUCGCCCUCUGGCAAGGAAGCCCUGUGUGGUUUAUUCCUGUACCGAACGCUCAGAACAGGCUAAAGGGCCGUGUUCCGGUCGCUGUGUAGGCCGCACCGUAGGCUUACACCAUGGUCACCYUCUAUGUCAGCUUCGUAAUGGAUCUUUGGUGCCAAACUCUUCUUGUGAUGAAAGAAAGAGGUCUGCUGUCAGAAGAAACUGUUCCUCAGAGACCUGUGAUGUCUACUGGCGUACGGGCCCUUGGAGGCCUUGCAGUGUGGACUGUGGGAAUGGAUUUCAGUCGCGACGAGUGUUCUGCGUGCACAGAAAGAGCAACAAACCUGUAGCUGAUCAGCAUUGCGGAUGGAGGCAGAGACCAGUGGCCUGGCAGCACUGCAAUGUCACAUCCUGUGGCAAAGGCGAAUGCAAGGAUACAACUCACUACUGUACGUUUGUAAAGCAACUAAAGUUAUGCUUGAUAGACAUCUACAGACAAAGAUGUUGUCAGUCAUGCCAAGAAGUGUAACUCUUCUAUGGAAAGUUCAUGAUGCUGCAGUGAAGAGAUGAGAAGAGAGGUUCCUUAAACUAGCCUGCUCAAAGUAUAUACUUGUAAAUAAGACAAUAGUUAUAACAGUUACCUGGAUACAUGGGGCUAAGGAAAAAACACUAUUGUAGAUUGAUAUGCUGGACAGGGUAUUUUUUUUUUCUGGGAACUUUUAUUAUCCACUCUUUUGCAAUGGAGCUUCUUAUGUUUUAAACAUUUUUGUGUCUGGAUUAGGAAGAUACUACCAUGGCACAUCAUCUGUAAAAUUUAACAGGCCAUCACAUUAUAAUUUUACUGGAGGGAAAAAAAGCAUUAUCAGAGAAGCACCAGAUAGUGCUUACUGUCCUUAAGUUAGGAGAAAGCCAAAGUUUCAAAAUCAUUUGAAGACCCAAUGCUCAUUUUUAUUGUUCUAUCAUAUUUAAUGUGAUUCUUAAAUUUAUAGAGGCUGUGGCUUGUAGCUGUAAAAUUUUUGGCAGUGACUUCAUUAUCAUAAACAGCUUGAGCUUAACGAUCAGUCUCACAGGAUAUGUUUUAGAUUAGCUGUCAGAUGGAUACACA